AAUUCCUUUUGUUGUAGGGUACUCGAGUUGAAUAUGGACUACGAAAGACCCAACGUAGAGACCAUCAAGUGUGUUGUUGUUGGAGACAAUGCCGUGGGGAAGACUCGCCUUAUUUGUGCCCGGGCUUGCAACACUACCCUGACCCAGUACCAGCUGUUGGCCACCCAUGUACCCACCGUCUGGGCCAUCGACCAGUACAGAGUCUGUCAAGAGGUCUUAGAGCGUUCCAGAGACGUCGUGGAUGACGUAAGCGUAUCCCUCCGGCUAUGGGACACCUUUGGAGACCAUCACAAAGACAGACGCUUCGCCUACGGGAGGUCUGACGUCGUGGUUCUCUGCUUUUCCAUCGCCAACCCCAACUCCCUACACCAUGUUAAAACCAUGUGGUACCUCGAGAUCAAGCACUUCUGUCCUCGCACACCUGUCAUCUUGGUCGGUUGCCAGCUGGACUUGCGCUACGCUGACCUGGAGGCAGUCAAUCGAGCUAGGCGACCAUUAUCAAGGCCCAUUAAACCUGGAGAUAUUUUGCCUCCAGAGAGUGGAAGGGAGGUCGCCAAAGAGCUCGGCAUACCAUACUACGAGACAAGCGUUUUCGAUCAGUUUGGCAUUAAGGAUAUCUUUGAUAAUGCCAUCCGAGCAGCCCUCAUUUCCAGACGCCACCUACAAUUCUGGAAGUCCCACCUGAGGAAGGUCCAAAAGCCGCUGUUGCAGGCACCAUUUUUACCACCCAAAGCCCCUCCACCACUUAUUAAGAUCCCUGAAUGCCCAGCCAAAAACCGGGAUGGCCCGAAGCAGCUUCUUGAGAGCCCCCUGUGUGCUGAUGUUAUGUUCAUCAUUCAGGAACACAUCCACUUGUUUGCCCACAGGAUCUACCUGUCUACCUCAUCCUCCAAAUUCUUCGACCUCUUUCAGAUGGACUUCUCAGAUGAGUCCCAGUGCUUAGUGGUAACUGAGCGUCAUGGUCGGGAUCAGCUAAUGCGCACGCUAAGCCUGGACACAGAAGAGGACGUCACAGUCCUCCCCAAUCUUUCUCCUUGCUCGCUCAGGGCAUCCAAGAGUGACGGAACCCUGAAGAUGAUGACGUUCAGUGGGAUGCACCGGCGCACAAAGCUGUCCCUGGCCUCUUGGAGCAAGGCCUUCCACAGCAUCCACAAAGAGAGUGUAAUCAAUCUGGUCACAGGUGCACCAGCUCUUAUGACUGUCGUCAAGAUGGAUCAUUCCAUCCACCAUGGACCAUUCAGCGCUGUCCUACGCUUCCUCUACACUGGUGAGCUGGAUGAGAAGGAGAAGGACCUGAUGAAGAUCGCCCAGAUCGCAGAGAUCCUAGAAGUGUUUGAUCUUAGGAUGAUGGUGGAGAACAUCAUGAACAAUGAGGGCUUCAUGAAUCAAGAGAUCACAAAAGCGUUCCAUGUGAGAAAGGCCAACCGAAUCAAAGAGUGUCUCGCCAAGAAUAACUUCACAGAUGUGGUGUUCAGGUUAGAUGAUGGCACCAUUAACGCCCACAAACCACUGCUAAUCUCUAGCUGUGACUGGAUGGCUGCCUUAUUUGGGGGCUCUUUCAUGGAGAGUGCAAAUGACGAGGUCUCUAUCCCCAACACCAGUUGUGCCUGCAUGAGAGCCGUUCUGGAGUUUCUGUACUGUGGUGUGUUAACACCAUGUCCUGAACUGGAGCCAAUGGACCUUAUAAUACUAGCCAACCGCCUCUGUCUUCCCCGCCUUGUAGCUCUAACAGAGCAACAUGCCGUUGAGGAGCUGUUGCAGUUGUCCGUUAAAGGAGUGGACAUUGAUGGCCACGUGCUGGCCUAUCUGGAGAUGGCUCAGUUCCACAAUGCCAAACAGCUCUCUGCCUGGUGUCUGCAUCACAUCUGCACCAACUACAAUAGCGUUUGUCGAAAAUUCCCUAAAGACAUGAAGACUAUGUCUCCUGAAAACCAGAAACAUUUUGAGAAGCAUCGCUGGCCCCCUGUCUGGUUCCUGAAGGAGGAAGACCGCUACCUCCGUUCUCAAAAAGAGAGAGAGCGCGAGGAGGAGAUCUUACGCAAGCAACACACCAAACGGGGCUGGUGCUUCUGGAGACAUCCAUCCUCCUCAGCACCCCACAUUUCCUGAGGGUCUGCCUCCAUCCAUCCAUCCAUCCAUUCAAACCGCCGUACCCCUCUCCCUUAUCUCAGUCCAGAGGCAUGUAGCCAAGCCUGGGGAGCCCUGUUCCUGUGCAUCCAUCCCGACUGCUGGAAGCCAGUCCGGGUCUUCUUUGCCUCUGAGUUUUGGCCUUCCCUCCCCCAAGUUGGGCCUCAGCAGAGCUCAAAACGUAUGUGUUAUUAAAUGGGAGACGGCUCGGAGAAAGUCUCAAAUCUUUCUCCCUCUCGAUGUUACACGUUCUACUGUGCGAAUGUGACAGGUCUCACCGCAGCAUCACGUAGGGAAAGGCCAUCAUUGCAAUGACCUGUUUUCGCCUCUUAAGACUGUUAUUAUUACACAAGACACACACACACACACACUCUCACACCAGCACCUCGUCUGAGCGCUGGCGCCCAGACACACAGAUGCUGCAUGGUGCUGCUGUGUUGAGCUUCCCUCUGUGAGACCUAUUUCUGGGAAACCGUCAUGUUCAAUGCCUACAAGCUGAAACAUAGAUAGCUUUGAAUACAACUAGCAACUAAAAUGGCGGCAGGGAUAUCUUUUUAAAAAAGUUAAAAUAAAGGGGUUAUUUCCCUUGCCUACAUUCUCACUACAAACAAUUCUCCAUUUUGGAUCUUCCGUUGCCCCGUAUUGGCUUUGAAUACCAAUUGUGUUGCCUACUGAAGAACUGUUCUUUGGAUUGCUUGUCCUGUUACAAAAUUUUGCUCACGUGGUAAAACAGAAGGGGUGUGUAGUUCAGGUCUGUCACUCACUAAAAAACUCUAGGCCAGCACCAAAGACAGACAUACAUACAGACAACUCGUUCGAACACAAACGCCUUACCAAAAUCUGCAGAAACAAAAACUUGACAGCAAGUAAACUACAAAAUUAGGGCUAUUUUUACCACUGCCAGGAGAGUAUUAACAAUCACAGCUGUUAUAUGACGUUCUGUAGAUUGAGCUUUGUGAUAUGACCACUAGCAAGCGCCUCGACUUGCUUGCCUUUAACCUCCACCACUGGGGCCCAUGCCUUCUGAGUUUACCCUGCUUUCGAAAGUAUUAGCUACUCAUUUGUUUUCCAUCCUUCACAUCCUUGUGAAAUGCACUCGUUUUUGUAGCACUACUUCAAUCUUAGCUAUUGGCGAAACCAAAAAAGUAGGUUGCAAUGUUUGGUAUUCCUUCGCCGCUCCCCUCUGUUACUCCUCUGCUCCUCUACCUCUGCAGAAACUUAUCGAUCCGCUUCCUGUAGUGUUUGAUACGUUGCAACGUGACGCUUCACCUCGCACUUUACAUACGCAGAUAAAAUCGGUGCUCAGGAUUAACCUGCUAAACGUCACAGCGUUCAACCAUUCACCCAUUGUACCUUUAAGGGGCGGUUACACCGGACUUUGAGCGACAAAAAAAAAAAACACUGCAGUGCUGCGAACCUGCAAAUUUAAAAUUUGUGUUUGUUUCCACUAAGCUGUUAAGCUAAAGAUCUUCUAUUGGUCAAACGUCUAAUCUUGACACAAAUGUGAAGAAAGUUUGUGUUUCCAAUAUCCAGCAUUUGCAUGCGUGUGAAUGAAAAAAAAUGGAAGGGAAAUGUCGUGUGACCGCCUCUUUACACAAGUUUACCUACUUUGACAAUCUUAACAGAAUAUCCCAACACAAGCUGUGAUCAAAAGUGUAUCUUUCUUUUUUGAUUGAAAAGCUUUCAAAUUUAAACUUUGUGGUUAAACUGACAGUGAUCUGCUAACAGCUGUACUCGGUUUUCGUUUCCUCUUCCUCUUUCCAGACGUGCAUGCGUUGUGAAGUCUUGCUAGCAUCCGUUUGCUAGAGUCUGUCUCGACUGCCUUCCAUCUGAAAACAUGAGUGCCUAUGACCAUUGUUACACCUUCCCUUCUACAUUCAAGUAUUUCUCGGUGAAGCAUGUUUGUUUUGCCUGUUUCGUGCCUUUUUAACAAAAGUGUUUUUAAUAGCUACUUUGGAGGUUGGUGAGAAAUCGGGAGACAGUUUAAGUUUUCCAUGCCACCCUUUUUCUAUUUCUGGCUUUCUGAUUUCGCUUCCUCGAGGCUGCACCCUGCUUUUCGCACCAGACGAGCUGAAAUCAUCAACAGCUACAAAAAUAGACACGCAGAGCCCAUGUGCUCAGACAGGCCGAUAUGCACACAAAAAAAUAAAUAAAUCGCACGCGCACAAAAAAAGAGGAAAAUGGAGAGCAGACACUGUAUGGCUGUAUGCUUCCAUUUUCACCAGUAGGUGCACUUUUGUAGGUUCAUCCCAUUAAGAUGCUUUAUUUAUAGGGGCAGACUGAUAAAUGAAUGUUUAUAGACGCCACACUAUGCCUAAAGGCUUAAUAAUUAGUAAAAUAACGAAUGUACGACCUUACUGUGUAUUUGCAGACUGGCUCUGCGAUAAAUGUCUGCCCCUGAGUGUUUAAGAAGAACAAUUCGAGAAUACUUCAAACAGCAGCAUGCUUGUUGGGAUGGAAAGUGUUGGGCUUGUUAGCACUUUUAGUUUUUUUGACUAUUUGCUUUUGCACUUUUAUUUCAGAGUUGGUCUGCCUUUGAUGUGCAUGGCAUUGACUGUUUCUAAACUAUGGCUUUUUAAAACAUUUUGUAGCAUGGAAUGGUUUCUUCCAUUAAAAAGGUGCUCCUUACGGCCCUACGUAUUUUGUGCUUACGUUAAAAAAAAAAAAAUCCUUCAUACUUACUGUAAGACUUUUAUGUCGGUACCUUGUGCUUUAAUCGAAUAUGCCUUCAUUAACUUCAAGGACAUGUGAUGUGUUUUUCUGUUGAGAUUAGAUGGUUUAGUAGAUUUCAAAUAAACAGUAUUACAGAUUGGAUUGUUUAUCCCAAAUGCAAAUUCUGUCAUUUGCUCACCCUCAUGUUUUUUGUAACAUGUUAUGUAUGAAUUUAUUUCUUCUACACAACACAAAAACAUCCAACUGAACAUUAUUGUAUGGACAAAAGCAUCCUUCAAAACAUAUUUUUAUGUUCUGUAGAAAAAAAGGUCGUGAUGGUGAGGAAAUGACUAUUUGGGUGAACAUUUGCUUUAAAUUGAGAGAUUGAUUCAGACAGUUACUAACAACAGGAAAAACAGUAUAACUGCUUGCAAAAUAUGCACUUUAGCUUCAAAUUUGAUACAAAUGAUUUUCUUUCAAUUUAACAAAUUGUAAAGUAUUUAUCGGUGCACGUUUACAGGUAAGAUGUGCAUGGGAAUGGUCUAAGCGCUAACUUGUAUGUAAUUAUAAACAACAGUAGCUUUCAUUACUAAGGAAUUAUCAUGCACUUUCAUCACGUGAAAAAACUAUUCAAAACAGCCCUCAUUACAACUUUGAAAAAAUCCAUCCAAAUCCCUUACUUACUAUAAAACAGAUACUUAAUGUUAUACUAAAUGUUAAUCAUGUUCACGUUGUGGUUGUAGUUCUAUUUAUUUGAUAACAGUACAUUAGAAACCCACUAGGUUAAAAGAAUCGCGAGAGCACUUGAGAAUUGUGGUCUAUUGUUGUGUUACCGUGCCUUUAAUUGAAAAAAAAAAAAAUCUUUCUGAAGAGAGGUCACUGCCUUUGAUCAAGGUAAUUGUAGUGCACACACACACACACACACACACACACACACACAAACUUUAACUGACAGCCAUCAGACCACUGUAUUGCUCCUUCUGCAUGCCUGUGGCCAGCAUGUAGCAAUACCCUCUGCUCUUUGAGUGAUGUGAAAUAUUUUGAAGCUUUCCCCCUAACAUUUUAGAUGUUUUCAACAUUUUUUUUCUUCCUUUUUUGAUAGUGCUGAGCUGAGAGGAAACGUGUGCUUGUUGUGAACAGUGAUUAUAAGUAUUUGGAUGAGAGUAAACGUAAACAUGCACAUUAACAGAGUCAGAGGUACUCUAGCACCCUCUACAGUCAAAUGAAGGUCAGGGUUUUACUUUAUUUCAUAUUUUACAAGGCUAAGAGUAAUGUAAAUUGGUGUGGGACAGAGCAUAUGCUACACAAUAUUCAUUUGGAAUAUAACUUUGGUUUAGGUGUUUUUGUAAAAAUAAAUAAAAUACUAAUACCAGAGAGCAGUUAUUUUAGUAACUGUGAUUGUUUUUUUUGGUAUGAAAACACUUAAACCGGAAAGGUUAACCACAUCUUUCUGCUUGUACAAUUAAUAAUCUGACCUCAGGUCAUAGGCAGAGACCACUUCAAGCCCUUGUUAGUUUCUGUGUUAAAACAGAGGGGCUCUCCAACCAACUUCCUUUCUGUGCUUUGAAAUCCACUUUCAUCUCCGUUAAAGAAAAAGGGCCGUAUUACUGAACAACAUCUGCUAAUUAUAGUGCUAGCACUUGUGUGCCCAUUGGCAGAUGCUGUUCCUCUUUCCACUUGUGGUGAGGUGUCCUUUUUUUUUUUGUCUUCUUGAGGUGAAGCGCGUGUCGCUGACUGUUGACCCCACGCUUGACCUCUCUUCCUCGUUCAAAUCUGUGACUAUUUUAAGCUCUUUUGCACUUCAUGGUUUUCUUUUUAACAUCUUAUUUCGAUUAUUGUUUCUGAUACGUGUAAUUAUUGUUCUUGUUCUGAACCAGAAAAAGCACACACACACACACACACACACACACAACAUACACACACUACUAAGGGCUUUUAAAAUACAAAAUCAGAAUGUUUUGCUGCUGUUGCAAAAAAGAAAAAAGAAAAAAAAAGUUUUAUUGAAUCGUUUGUAAUAUUUUUGAACAACUGUGAUUUGUACAAAAUGGAGCAAAAAAGGGGUUGGAAAAAGGUUAUCUGUUUCAGUAUUUUAAUGUUUGCUUGGCUUUUAAUAAAACUUAACUGAACUCUUUGAACUCA